GAUCGAGUGGAACAGUUUUCAAAUUUUAAACAUGAAACUUGAACUCUGCAUCACUGUGGAUAAAAAAAAUUAAUUUUGCUGCAACAAACGAGCCCACUGAUGUAAAAUAACAGAGAUAGACUGAAGCAAAACUUCUGGCAUGUAUGGUAUAUCAGAAAAGGACAUCUCCCGCUGACUGUGUUGUUUGGAAGCUUGGGAUCUUUUAAACCUAACGUGACAACAAAACGCUGUGGAGUAAUUGCCGUGGGAAGAGGACAUGGACUACUUACAGAAAGUGCUUGCAGAAAUUUCAGUGAAAGUGGAUAAUUUUCCUAUUGGAGCAGCAAAUGUCCAUGACAGUGUUUCACUAGAGUUUGAAAUAAACACAAUACAGUCCAAGGUACAAUGCACUAAAGCUGAUGUACUCAUCUUACAAGCAUUGACAGAAAUUGCUAAAAACUCUAAUGCAAAUAGAGGCAAAACAGAUCUCACACACAUAGCAAAAUAUGAGAAUGCUCUGGUGGAUGAUGCAUCAGCCAUAAAUCACCCACGAAAUAUGGCAGUUCUUGCAGAGGAGGCAGCAGCUUUACAGGAAGCUCUUGAAAUGCAACCCGAAGAAAUGGAGCAUCAGCCCUUAUCGUGUCGCUCACUCUUGGAACGUAUAAAAAACAUUGUGCCUAAGUGUUCAUCAACUCAACUUGAAUUAUUGGAAAUUCAAAAUGAUAUCAACCAAAAACUAAAAGAGAUCGAAGAAAUGGAAUGUAUGCUUAUGAAGAAGAAAGCAAAGUAUGCCAGUGAUUUGGUGAAACAGAAGAAACAUUUGGAUAAAAAGAGAAGUUCUAAAGAUGAGGGAUAUGACAGGAAGAGCAAAAAUUUAAAAAACAUCGCAAGCGAAAUUAACAUGAUGAAAACUAUUAUACAGGCCCUUAUAUUUUUAUCACCAGAGUCGCUAGAAGAGAAAAAAGUUCUUGAAAUACUUGAGUUUACAAGAAAACCUCUGAACCUUGUAACAUAUAGCACACAAAUUUAAAAUGUGGAAGACUUCAUUAACACUAUUUAAAUCUGUUUCAUUUGCUAAGUAGGGAGGCUUGUAUCAUAAGAGUUUUGCUUCACUGUUCAGAUGCAUCUAAUAUGAAAGUCUUAUUAGUACCAUGGCCUUUACCAGGUGUUAAUGUAUUAUUUGGAUCAUCUUCCAUGUUCUUGUAUUACUAGUUUGUGAACUUUGUGUGUAACUGAGAAACAGACAUUUGUAAAUGCAAUUACAGAUUAG